AUGGAUUACGACUUCAAAACAAAGCUCGCGGCCGAUCGAGAGAAGGUGGAAGAUCUGUUCGAAUAUGAAGGUUGCAAAGUGGGUCGAGGCACCUACGGGCACGUUUAUAAAGCUAAACGCAAAGACGGGAAUGACGAAAAGGAGUAUGCACUGAAACAAAUUGAAGGCACUGGAAUAUCGAUGUCUGCUUGCAGGGAGAUAGCGCUCCUGAGAGAACUGAAGCACCCCAACGUGAUCGCCCUGCAGAAGGUGUUCCUGUCCCACAGCGAUCGCAAAGUCUGGCUCCUCUUUGACUAUGCCGAGCACGACCUGUGGCACAUCAUAAAGUUCCACCGGGCCUCCAAGGCCAACAAGAAGCCCAUGCAGCUGCCCCGGGGGAUGGUCAAAUCCCUCCUCUACCAGAUCCUGGACGGCAUUCAUUACCUCCACGCCAACUGGGUGCUCCACAGAGACCUGAAACCUGCUAACAUCCUGGUUAUGGGAGAAGGACCAGAAAGAGGUCGUGUCAAAAUUGCGGACAUGGGCUUCGCUCGGCUCUUCAACUCCCCGCUCAAACCACUGGCUGACCUCGACCCGGUUGUGGUGACGUUCUGGUACCGGGCGCCCGAGCUGCUCCUGGGAGCGCGACAUUACACCAAAGCCAUUGACAUAUGGGCCAUCGGCUGCAUCUUUGCCGAACUACUGACAUCCGAGCCCAUCUUCCACUGCCGCCAGGAGGAUAUCAAAACCAGCAACCCCUUCCAUCAUGACCAGCUGGACAGGAUAUUCAGCGUCAUGGGCUUCCCAGCAGAUAAAGACUGGGAGGACAUACGGAAGAUGCCGGAAUACCCGACGCUACAGAAGGACUUCAGGAGAACAACGUAUGCAACUAGCAGCCUCAUCAAGUACAUGGAGAAGCACAAAGUGAAACCAGACAGCAAAGUGUUUCUGUUGCUUCAGAAACUCCUGACGAUGGACCCCACCAAAAGAAUCACUUCUGAACAGGCACUGCAGGACCCCUACUUCCAAGAGGACCCUCUACCCACCUCGGAUGUGUUUGCCGGAUGUCAAAUACCUUACCCCAAGAGGGAGUUUCUCAAUGAAGACGAACCAGAAGAGAAGACUGAAAAGAACCAGACGCAACAGCACCAGCAGCAGACGACGACGCAGACGCAAGGGCAGACGCAACAGCAGGCGACUGCGCAGCAGCAGGCCCCCGCGCAGCAGAGCUCGGCGCAGACCAACGGCACGGCAGGGACGGCGGGCGCCAACGCCAACGCCGGCGGCGGCGGCAUCCAGCACGGGCAGGACCAGGGGCCGCCCAACAAGAAACCUCGUAUCGGGCCCUCGGGGGCCUCCUCAGGCACUGGAGUCCUGCAGUCGGAAUACCAGCACUCCAGCUCCCGCCUUGGUUACCAAAGCAACGUCCAGGGUUCCACCCAGUCGCAAGGCACCAUGGGAUACUCCUCGUCAUCUCAGCAGAGCUCGCAGUAUUCUCACCAGUCUCAUCGCUACUGAGACGGUGGACGGACCCAGGCUUGACCCCGUGACCCCCUGACCCCCAGCUGACCUCUCAGGCACCACUUGUCACAGCUUCACACCACCCAGCUCGACCCACAUUGCACAUUUACACGUCAGUCCCUGCGAGCCUCUAAUGGUUACUCCCACUACUUACUAUAACAGUGUAUCACUGUUAUCCCACAAUAUACACACACACACACACACACACACACACACACAGACAUAUUUUCACUCAUCCAAUCUAAUCCAGUAGUUUCCCGUAACCUUAUGAAGUAGGUUAAGUAGUCUUUGGAGACAUAUCGGCCUGUUUUCUCAAAAGACCCUUUGUCCCCUUGAAGCACCCUGGUGGAGUGUGUUGUGGCUUACCGGGCCUUUGCAACCAGAAAGCAUAAGCACACAUGUUUUCAUGCACUCUCAUUAAAACGCUCCCCCACAAACACACACACACACACACACACACACACACACCUUCAGCGGUCAGUCUGCCCACCCGCUCCUGCAGUCGAUCCAGCCUAGCUGACCCGCUGAGCUCAUCAAACAUCACACAUCUCACACACACACACACUCCUCCAUGUGUGCUUUCCCGAAUCAUUCCAGUAUUACAGCUGACACUCCUCUGUUCAGGUUCGCUCCAGCAUUCUUCACACACACACACACACACACACACACACACACACACACACACACUCACACACACUUUAUGGGUCAGUAGCUGUCUCCGCUUGGGUCCUCGUCUCCCUCACCCGCUGAGGGUUCUGCAAUAUGAAGGCAACUCAACAUAGGAACCAAACAACAAUAACAACAUCAACAACAACAACAUCAACAACAACAUCAACAACAACCCCAGUUUCUCCAGUGGGGAAUCAAGAAGAGUUUAGAAUGUGUUCAUCGAUGAGGAAGGAAAAGGAAUGGGUCACGUACCAACUUGGCAUCAGUGUACAAACAGUUGUUGACAAACACACACACACACACACACACACACAGACAUUAAAAAGCGAGACUUAUGAACCACAGCACUUACGUCUAAACAAAAGAACGCAUCCUUGAACAGGAUGGAUCUGCAGCUUGUCACAUAUGUGUACUAUACAGAGCACCUUGUCUAUUUGUUAAGGACAAAAAAAAAAACAACAAGAAAAACAAAACGAGAGACUUAUUUUGCCUGGUUUUGCUCUGUUGGAAGUUUACUAUAGUUUUUUAUUCUUUGGUUUGUUUUUGUAAAUACGAUACUGAUCGGAAAAAGCCCUUUAUGGUGUGCAUACUCUGCAGCGAUUCUAACAGGCCAUGAUCUCAUCUGUUGGAGGCCCACGAACAAUGCAGCAGGAGAGGAGAGACGUAUUGCGUUUUUGGAAACGAGGAGAAGAGCGUCAUCGCAAUACAUGCAAAUACUGUACAAACAGCCCUGGUUUCUUGUUGCUGUUGCAAUUGCCACACAAAACCAGACAAGAAGAGAACAGCGACAAAAGAAAAUAUCACAUCAUUCUCAUGCGCACGCCAUUUUGUUUUGAGUGUUGUCGGUUGAUGGAGAAUAUGCAGUCCCUUGAGGACAGUGUCCAGCGCCUCUCCCCCAUCUCGUCUGUUGUGUCUUCCACGCCUAAGAGAGCAGCUCACCCACAUUUCUCCCUGCUGUUCCCAGCUCACUGCACAGAGCGCGCUGCCCUCUCUCUCUCUCUUCCUCCCUCCCUCUCUUUCUCUCUCUCUCUCCCCCUCUUCCUCUCUCUCUCUCUCCCCGCACGGUCACUCUUGAGGGUUAAGGAGACGUGCUCUCUCUUUCUCUCUCUCUCUCUCUUCCUCCCUCCCUCCCCCUCUCUCUCUCUCUCUCUCUCUCUCUCUCUCUCUCUCUCCCUGCACGGUCACUCUGAGGGUUAAGGAGACAUGCUCUCUCUUUCUCUCUCUCUCUCUCUCCCUCUUGACUCUCUCGCCAUGAAGAAAGUUUUUGGAAUUUUGGAACAAAAGCGUUGGCCUCCGCCACGUUUCUUGUUCUGCCUU